CGGAGGAUUUCGGGGGAUUCUGGUAUUAACGGAUAAUUCGGUAUUUCUACACACCGAGUAAGGUCGAUCCAAAAUGGCAGCCUUGAACUUGAGGAGGCUCAUAUCGCCAAAGGCAUUGACUGGAUGUCGGCGAAGUUUGAGCACAACAGCGUCAUGCAAGGCACAGAGCAUGACGGUGCGAGAUUCUCUCAACAUGGCCAUGGAUGAGGAGAUUGCCAGGGACCCAAAGGUUUUCCUGAUGGGAGAAGAGGUGGCGGAAUACGAUGGAGCCUAUAAGGUGUCAAAGAAUCUCUGGAGGAAAUACGGCAAUUCCAGGAUAAAGGACACUCCUAUCACAGAGAUGGGCUAUGCAGGAAUAGCGGUCGGUGCAGCCAUGGCAGGUCUUCGACCAAUCUGUGAAUUUAUGACUUUCAACUUCUCUAUGCAGGCUAUAGAUCAUGUUAUUAACUCGGCAGCUAAAACCUACUACAUGUCAGCUGGAACUGUUCCUGUUCCGAUCGUGUUCCGUGGCCCUAACGGCGCAGCGCUAGGUGUGGCGGCCCAGCAUUCCCAGUGUUUCGCAGCCUGGUACAGCCACUGUCCUGGACUCAAGGUCGUCUCCCCCUACUCCAGUGAGGACUGCAAGGGCCUCCUCAAGUCUGCCAUCAGGGACCCAAACCCAGUUGUCUGCCUGGAGAAUGAGAUCAUGUACGGUGUGCAGUUUGAGAUGUCAGACCAGGCCUUGGACAAAGACUUCCUCAUUCCCAUCGGAAAGGCCAAAAUAGAGCGAGCAGGGAAGCAUAUCACACUGGUGUCCCACUCCAAGUUUGUUGGUACAUGUCUGGAUGCAGCCAACGAGUUGGCAGGGAUUGGUGUUGAAUGUGAGGUUAUCAACCUGCGCACAAUCCGACCAAUGGAUGAUGAGACAAUCUUCAAAUCAGUGAUGAAGACACAUCAUCUGGUGACAGUGGAGGGUGGCUGGCCACAGAGUGGCAUUGGGGCCGAGAUUGUUGCCCGUGUAAUUGAAAGUCCAGCCUUCAACUACCUGGAUGCCCCUAUUAUAAGAGUGACCGGUGCAGAUGUACCCAUGCCGUACGCCAAACUACUGGAGGAUCAUGCUCUACCACAUCCCAUCAACGUUACUAGAUCUGUUAAAAAAGUCCUCAAUAUUAAGUAAUGGUGGUGAAUAUUAGCCACCCUGGAUGAAAGAGUUGUGAUAAAGCAAUGUGGACGAAUUAUUAUCAUGAAAUACUCGAUGACAAAAAUAUAUUAUUCGGUAGUAGUUGUGGGGUAUCCGUAUUCGGUUAGUAAAUUCUGGGGUAUCAGAAGCUUCACUGAUAUAAAAUACCUUGGAACAUGUUUUGGGAUCGAUGUAAUUUAGAACAUAUUUGUCUAUUUAUUGACAGGGUUUUGUUUGAGAAGUUGGUAGUGAGACUUUUUUGUAUGCUGUAGAUCUGUGUUUCCUAAAGUAUCUCUUUAGAAUCAUGUUUUUAGAAAAUUGAACUCAACCAUUUUCCCAUAGAGUAGGUGCGUUUUUCCUACUUACAAGUUUAAUUAACGUUUUGUUAAAUAAACAAUUAGAUAAUAACACUGUUUGGGUAACCUUUGUGUAUGUCUAUAGUGAAAGUAAGUUUUUUCAUGACAUAAAAUUAUACAAACUAAGUUGUUUUUUUCAUUUGUACAUUGUUUUUCAGUUUCUAACAAACAGUUUUUGUUCAAUGAAAUAUACACAUAAUUUUUCUUUUCUUUUGAGAUGAAAGGUAAAGACGCACUUUGUAGGUAGCAGGCCGGAAUCCUGUAAUGCAACUUAAUAAGAUGUAGAACCUUGUUUGUUUCAAAGCCUAGGAAGUGUCUGAAUAUUUAAGAGCUUCUGAUAUUCUAUGUAUUUAGUUUGUUAAUGAAUAAAUGUUAUACACUG